UUUGACGUUACAUCAGCAACAAAAACAAUAAGCAAGCAAAGCACAAAUAAAUGAGAUACCUGUGUCGGGAGAGACGCAAAACGUAAAUUUUAUUUGUUAUUCGGUUGUCAUUAAAAAUUGACGCAUACGGUUGAAAUUAAUUGCAAGUAAAACAAUUGCAAAAUAAUUGGUUUAGGUGAUGAACAAUAUACAUAUAAUGUAGCCGCGUUAACUAAACAAGUUUCUGGGCACAGACGCAGUUUCAAGUAAAAAAGUGUGCAAGCGAAAAAAAGCGAACGAAAAAAUAGAGUGGGCGAUUAAUGGUUAAAUAAGCAAGUGAUAUUAGAUAUGGAUGAAGAACACCAAGUAACACGCAAAUGCUAUCCAUAUCAAUUGCUACGCAACGUGCAUAAAUGUCUGCCACUGCCGAAAACAAAUGCUACAGCAGAACCCAGCGUCACUUCAUAUACGAAAGGGGACUUUUCCUACUUUCACUAUAAUUGUGACGGUUUCAAGGACAUUGGUUGGGGUUGUGCCUAUCGUACGCUACAAUCCAUAUGCUCUUGGAUAGCUGGAAAACGUGGUGCUACGGAUGUAGAUGUACUGGUGCCAUCAAUAAAAGAAAUUCAACAAACACUUGUGAAGAUCGGUGACAAAACAAAUGAUUUUUUUGGCUCACAUGAUUGGAUUGGAGCCAUUGAGGUGUUCUACUUUUUGGAUACACUCUAUGAUGUUGUGUGCCGUAUCAUUCAUAUUGCAAGCCAUGAGGAUCUAAAGAAAUACGCAAAUGUAUUGAAGAAAUAUUUUGAAGAUUAUGGUGGUUUAAUUAUGAUGGGUGGUGAUAUGGACUCUGGAUCGAAGGGCAUUGCAGGAGUUCAUAUAAGCGGCAAUCAAGUUUAUUUUCUAGUCAUUGAUCCCCACUUUAUCGGCGUGCCCAAAUCUGUGCAAGAACUAGUUGAACGCGGCUACAUACGUUGGCAGCACACCUCGGAAUUUGUUGAUAGUUCCUUCUAUAACAUUUGUUUACCUCAACUUAAAUAAGACCAAAAAACAAGAUGCCAAAACAUAAAACACCUGGACAAUACAUAUAAUUGUAUUAUUCAUUUGUUAAAUGUCCAUACAAAAAAAAAAAAAAACUGUUGCAAUAGUAUUACUUAAUAAAAUUUAAAUUGCUUUCAUUACAGAGAUACCAAAAACGUUAAAUAAAUUAAAAUACAUAUAUAAUUAUUUUCAAACAAAACAAACCUCUUUGGACUUUUGCUUUUGGAAGGAACUAUCAACGAGUUACUAUUUUUUUAUCACAUAUUAAAUGUUUAUACUUAUUUUUACAUGCGACACUCAGACAUAUCGGCACUCUACUGUUGUUAAAUGAGCGAUAGCCACUGAUAACGCAUCAACUUAUAAAAUAAUCCGAAAUUGGUAAAAUAUGCCUGCGAUAAGCACUUGUCGCCGCUCCGUAACACACGCUUGCUGACUACACCAGCUUGCGUGCCGCGGAGUAAACCUGGCCAAUACCUAUAAACAAAAAAGACAAUUCGUCAUGUGAACGUUUAAUCAACAACUAACGCUUAAGUAUCUAAUAGCCAACAACGUAUAAAAUCCACUAGGUGUACAUACUAUAAUAUUACUUUCGAAAUAAGAUGGAAUUGCUGCAACGCUUGCUGUACACCGCCUUAAGUGCUGCCUCAAUUAUAUAUUUCAUAGUCAAAGCGAGCCUCUCGCAUUGGAAGCGGCGCGGUAUAUUACACGAGAAGCCGAGAUUCUUAGUUGGUAAUUUGGGUGGCGUUGGUGGCAAACGCCAUAUUAGCGCUGUGCUGGAGCAACUUUACGAAAAGUACAAAGGUCAAGCACCCUUCAUAGGUUGUUAUGCAUAUUUGAAACCAAUGGUUUUAAUAUUGGAUUUAGAUUUGGUGCGAAAUGUGCUCAUAACACAUUCUGAAUACUUCAAGGAGCGCGGCGUAUUCGGUAAUGCGCUACAUGAUCCACUCUCAGCAAAUUUGCUCCAACAAGAUGGUUCAGAUUGGCAACGUCUAAAUACGGUGGUGUGCCCAGCUUUCGCGCAAGAUAAUAUCUCACAGAUGCUACCAACGUUGGAGAAGGCCGCAAGCACAAUGCAUCGCUCUUUGACUCAAGCGGCGGAAGAUAAUGCAGUGCCCAUAAAUAAUUUGGUGGAUUGUUAUAACAUUGAUGUCAUUUCUACACUGGCGUUUGGCAUUAGUGGGGAAACGUUGCUCAAUUCCGAUACAGAAUUCCGUCGUAUGGCGCGUAGCUACCUCAAAGACUUCAACAUGUUUCGUCUAUAUUUUCUUAUGUAUUUUCCGAAUCUUGCUCGCUUGUUACGCUACAAAAACUACGAACAAGCUGCAACCGAUUAUUUUCUUAAGAUAGUGCGCCAGAAACUCUUCGAACAGGAGUGGAGUCGCUUAGAUAAACGGAAUAGUUUCUUUCACAUGUUUGCUGAGUUGAAACGAGAUCGCGACCCAAAAAGACGAUUAAGUGACGAAGAAAUAGCAGCACAGGCAUUUUCCUUUAUCCUUAUGGGAUUGGAAACAUGCAACUCGGCGAUGACAUUUUGCUUGUAUGAAUUGGCGCUGCAGCCGGAUUUGCAGCGUCGUGUACAGGCAGAAAUAUGCAAUGUGCUCAAGCGCAAUGAAAAUGGUAUGGAUAGUAAAAAUUUGAACGAUAUGAAUUUGCUGAGACAAUGUUUGAACGAAACUUUACGCAAGCAUACACCUUACGCUUUCUUAUUACGCAAUACGAAUGAGGAUUACGAAGUGCCUAAUUCUAUAUUCAUGCUGCGUACAGACAAUCAUCUAGUCAUCCCAACAGCGGCAAUACACCGUGAUCCAGUGCUUUAUCCCGAGCCAAAUAAAUUCGAUCCGGAACGUUUUAGUGAGGAAAAUAUUAAGCUACGCCAUCCAAUGGCUUUCUUACCCUACGGUGCCGGCCCCCGUUACUGCCUAGCGCAAGAAUUUGCCGAAAAGCAAAUACUGGUUGGGCUCGCAACACUGCUACGUUAUUACAGUUUCAGUCCAUGCCGCGAAACACCCAUUCCACUGGUGUACGAUAGCAAGCGUUUGGUGCUUACACCAAAAGGCAAAUUGAUUUUAAAAGUUCAGCGUGUGUGAGAAGCCAACAAAUGCGGUUUAGAAAAAAUGAAAGUAAUAUAAAGGAAACAUAUUUAGACAUUCUGAUGGUACAAUUUAUAGUUGUGUACAAAAUUGGAAAAAAAUUUUUAAUUUUCUUCUUAAAUUAACUUAACUUACUAUAUAUAAUUAUUCCACCUAAUUGUGUUUAAGAUGUAGUUUAUUGUUUUUAAGCUAUAGUUUUCCUUAUGACUUGUAUUGCAGUGUACAAAUACUUUCCAAACCACUGACCUCUAUUUAUGCCUAUUGAUUUCUAGGGUACGGUAUUUUUUAGAUUUCUAUUUGACAUUCAGUCAGUACACUUAAAUACUUAAGUAAUUUUACAAAACGAAAUAAUAUCCACAGACCCGGGAAAAAUGUUUGCUGCUUGUGAUGUGUAUUUAAGCUAUUCUCUAUAUAUUUACGAAAUACUUUUUUGUUAUUUGUUCAACACAAAUCAGUUUAUUAUAUGGAAGACACGAUCAAAAAUAUAUGUUAAAGCUAUAAAAUAACAA